AAAUGGCCGCCGGAUCAUAGUCGAAAAUACAACAGGAAAACCCCCAAAAAUACUGCUAAAACCCGUUCAUUAUGACAGAAAUAUUGUGCCGUUGGCUCAAUGAAGAGGUCGGGCUUAGCCGGCAAAUUGAUCAUUUCAAUUUUGCCAAGGAGUUUGCAACGGGAUAUCUCUUAGGGGAGCUCCUUGAGAAACAUGCUUUGCAAAACGACUUUGCAGAAUUUUCCCAAAGCAUUACGGCUGACUCUAAGCUGAAUAAUUUCACAAGACUGGAGCCUACUUUAAAGCUGCUGGAGGUUCCAUAUGAUACCAAUAUAGCUCAUGCAGUUAUGAAUGAGAACCACAGCGUUGUCACAAGACUCCUGUAUCAGCUGUUCAUAACACUAGGGAAGAAAAAUAAAAUGGGACUUACAGGUGUUGCCAUGGAAACAAUGAGACCCAGUGGUCCAGUAAAGCUUGAAAGCAUAGAAAGUGGCAUGUAUAAAGAGAGACUGAAGCAGUUAACAAAACGUCAAGUAGACCUCAACUUUGAAAACCUUGUACAGAGGUACCAAGCAAAGCAAAAACAACAGGAAGAACUGGCUUUCAAAGCAAAGUUUGAAGAAGAAGAAAAAUUCAGAAAACACCAACAAGCACAAAGAAUCAGAGGCCUAGAAAAGUCACGUCAAGUCAGGAAUAAGCAGCAAGAAAUGAUGGACAAGAUUCGCGAAGCAACGGUCAAGAUUCCAAAACCACCAGAUGCAAAGAAAUCUGGGAAAUCUAGAGGCGAGAUACGUCGACAGCGCGAAGCUGAGGAAGUUAAAGCCAAUAUUGAUGCAUUUGAAGCCAGCAUGAAGGCGACUAUUCCACCUGUUAGCCCAGCAGCGUUGGACGAUAUACCACGCGUUAGUCGAGAUGUAUCAGUAGAUGUCGAAGUAUUCAUACGUCAAGACUCAGCUAAACAGCUCCCCGACCCCUUGUCUGUCAUCAAGCCUGCUGCAAACAAAGAGUAUAUUAACAAGAUUAGGACGAGGCUUGAAGARGACGCGGUGGCUAGAGAGGAAAGAGAGAAGAGGCGUCGCCGUGUUCUUGUGGAGCARCUAAAGGCACAUGAAGCACAAGAGGAAGCCCAUCGGGAAGAAAUGCUUGUCAAUAGACUAAUGCGCCAGUCACAGCAAGAGAGAAGAAUUGCUGUGCAGCUCAUGCAGGUUCGUCAUGAGAAAGAGGUGAUACGUCAGAAUAGAAUCUUCCGUGAGCAGCAGUACGCAGAGAGAAGRUUGAAGGACUUUGAUGAUGCCCUUGAAAGAGAAGCGGAGAUGUGCCGACAAGCUAAACUAGAGUACGCCGAAGAGACUCGUAAGGCGAAUGAGCUCCAUGAUAGACUAGCAGAUGAACGCAGACAAGCUAAAUAUAACAAGCACUAUGAUAUCUGUAUGCAGAUGUUGUUAGAGAUGAUAGACUUCUCUUGUAAGGUUGGGGAAUACAGAGAGUUGACGGAAAAGCUGGUUCCCGCCAAGCUUUACCGAGAGUGGAAAGAUCUUUUUCUAUGUGGGUUGCCGUUGUAUGAAGAGAAGGAAGCUGAAUUAUCUCCAGAAGAAUUGGAAAAAGAACGAGAAAUUAAAGCCGAAAAGGAAAGACUUCUUGAUGAGGGUGAUUUCAUGGAGUACAAGAAUCUUGUCGGUGAAUGGGUGCCCGGAGAGGGACAGGACAUUCAGUGCCCACCCAAGGACAAUGCAGUUCUUGGUCACAUUGUACAAAGACUGUUUAACAUAGUAUCACCACCCCAGCCACCCCCUCCCCCUCCAGAAUUACCGCCGUUUCCCAUCAAAGCUUGUUUCCUUGGGAAAUUCUUCAGUGGUAAAUCCAGCGUCAUCAAGAAAAUUGCUGAAUAUCAUCGGGUUGUUCGUCUGUCUAUGGACACGCUGGUCACGGAAGCAAUAGAGGCACACAAGAAGGGGGAAGUUUAUGAAGAGGUUGAUGGCGAAGUAAAAGUUCUACAGGCUACGGCAUCCAAAAGACCAAGCAUAACAGAUGAACCAAUCGAGAGUCCAAAGCCUGAAGCCCAAGGAGCCAGCGAAUCCAGAGUAGUGUCAGCGGGAUCGGCUGCCGUUAGUGUUGGGAGUGCUAAAGAAACACCAGAUCCCAACAAAAUAUCUGAAGAUCAGUUGGGAGAAAAGUCUGAAGAACAGGACGAAAAGAGAGAUAAAACAAAAGAAGAAAUAGCAAAGGAAAGGGAGAAACAAACCAAAAGCUCUGCAGCAUCUGAGAAAAAAGCUUUUGAAGUCAGCAUGUAUAAGAGUGGCCCGAAAGGACCAAAGCCGACUCCUCGUGCAAAGCUUGGAGCAAGAGCAUACGCUUACCUGAAGAAAGGCAAGCCCACACCUGAUCAGUUGAUUAUAGAAAUUAUGGUAGAAGCAAUCAGAAAUGUUCCAGAAGGAACAGGUUGGAUUAUGGAUGGAUUUCCUGCGACCAUCAACCAAGCAAAGAUUUUAGAGAAGGCGUUGACAGGAUACGAUGAUCAAAAACAGGCUAAAGAAUCAAAAUCUGCAAAGGAACCUGGGAAAGUUAGCAGGACCAAGAAAUCUAGACUAGCACCAGACCCCCACCCAGCCCCUGAGGCUCCUCCCCACAAGGCUGGAAUCGAUCUUGUUGUACUCUUUGAUCUCCCAGAUGAAGUGGCGCUCAGGAGAGCUGAAGGCAGAACAUUUAAUCCCAUCACUGAGGAGAAAUUCCAUCAGGAAUAUAAUCCACCGAUAGAAGGUAGCUACACGGGGAUCAAUAAGCAAGAAAAGGUUGUUACUGUGGUGGACUCAUCUAAUGACAGAGAACAAGUACAACAGAGGAUCACAGGUUUCCUUGACGCCUGGCCCAAAUUAGAAAAAUGGUUCACUAGGUUUGGUGUUUUACAGAAGUUGAACGCAGACAAACCGCAAGAUGACUUGUAUGAAGAAGCUUCUGGUAUCCUAAAUGAAACGUAUCAGAAAAUAAUGGCCCCACCUGAAGAACCAGCAUCUGAGGCAGCAUCAGUCCAGCAAUCUGUCGCACCAGAAGGCGAGGCUCAACCACUGGAGGAGCCAUUACCAACAACAGGAGGGGCACCUCCCGAGGGAGGAACUCCCGCGGAAGCUCAAUCUACAACAUCCCCUGUGGCACCCUCCGAAUCUGCCAUCAGCAAGUCCGAAAAAGGAGCUACAAAGACGAAAAGCAAGACAGGUUCUCCUAAAGGAAGCCGAAAAAUGAGCAAAAAAGAUCGUUCGCCAUCUCCCUCUGCUUCUAAAAAAGGUGUCAAAAGUCGCUCACCCUCCCCUCCCUCCAAGAAGGGUUCUGGCUCUCGUGCUGGGUCCAAGUCACCUCCGCCGUCUAGAAAGGGGUCGAGACCUGGUUCUAAAGGGUCACGUCCUGGAUCUAAAAGGGCUAAAUCUCCGAAAAAAGGAGAAGAACCAGAAGAGGAAACGCCCCCAGAACCAGAAGGACCACCUGAGCCAGAACCUGGAUCUGAUGAAUGGGAAUAUAUUGAUCAACCCAUUGAAAAGGAGUUUGCGUCUGUUUUGGCUCGCCAGUGGGAGAACAACGAAGACAUUUACAUAGAGACAUGUAAAACUAUCUUCCGUAAGAUAAGACACGAGAGAGAGCUUAUGUAUCGCUACUUUUACGGUACAAGGAAAGAUUUUGUCGAAUUCCUGAAGAGACCAGACGAAAAACAAGAAUAUGUUCUUCAGUGGCAAAAGGAGUUUAACGAGAUCGCUGAAGACAUGCGCAGUGAUGACGAUACCAAGGCUGAAUGGCAUCAACGAGUCGAUGACUUGUGUGAUCGCCUGCACGAGAUCUGUGAUAACCGUAAAGAGAUGGCAGAGAGAGAACGACAGACUAUCAUGAACGAAGGAUGGAUGGAAGACCGACUUGGCGUGCUAACAAACCACUAUAUUGGGCUAAUGCAAGUCGAGGUGGAUCGCUAUCAGGAUACUAUCAGGCUGCUCAGAGACUAUUACAUGGGGAUGGAAGUUUCCAGUGGAAAAGUUCCAUGCGAACCAGUCAACGAAUACGUGCGCCUGCCAUUAGUGGAACUACCGCCGACCCUCAGACCACAGUCAGCAUCAUCCAGGGCAAGUGACAGCACUGGCAAUGUGAAUGCUGAAAAGUCUGAAACGAAAAGUCCUUCUGCUAAGAGAGAGAAAGAUAAAGGUAGCCCAAAGACACCUGAACCAACUGAAGGGGUUGAGGAAGAACAGAAGCCGCGUAUCCCAUUGGUUCCUCGUCGCCCAAAGUCAAGUGAAGGAGGCACAGGCAAGGGUAGAGACAAGAGAACUGGUCAAAAGAAAGAUAAGCAGUCUGAUCCUGACAAACCCGAGACACCUGUUCCACCAUCAGACCCUGACGAAAGGCUUGUCUUUGAUGCCUACAUGCUUGCAUUGACUGUCAUCGAGGCACUUGCUGCUCUGGAUGUAGCAGAUCAGGAAGCAGAAGCUCAAAGGCAACUCGAGUUAGACAGAGAAAAGGAGAAAGAGUUGAUACAGAAGAAGGUCAAAGAGAGCAAAGGAAAGAAGGGACGUAAGAGUCCUGUCAAGUCGCCAUCAAAAACCGAAACACCACCACCACCUCCACCUGAAGAAACCGAGGGUGAAUCUGAAGAAGACAAGUUAAAACAAAAAAUCAAAGAAAGAUCUCGUAAAGAGUUUCUAGCUAGCGUAGCUUCUGAAGAUAAGGGGCUUAAGUCAAGAUUAGAGAUGGUCAAAGUUCACACUAUGGCUGUGUUGCAAGAGUUAAAGGGCAAAGCAGAAUCUAUGUACAAGGAUAUGGAGGACUGGCUGGGUGAGAGGUUUCUGCAGGAAGUAGAAAGCAUCAAGGCAAUGGCCGCAACAAUUCGAUUUGCCAUCGAACAAGAAAACAAACUGCAAGAAGAGACGAUUCUGGAGGACAAGGACUUCAUAGUUGACCUUGACACCAAGACCUUCAAGACACCCACCCCUCCCCCUCCACUUGUACAGAUAGAGCUCCCUACUAGCGACAGCUUCACUGUGUCCCAGAUUCUCAACUUGUGCAAUCAGUUCAUCGAGGCAGCGCCUUCUGGUGUCAUAUCCAAUCGUGGCUUCUGUGAUGUCAUCAUGGAUCUAGCUAACCUAACGUUUGGAACAGAAUCUCUUCCUGAUAUAUGGAUGAACAUUACUCAGCAACAGCUUCAAGACAUUUGCAGUCUACUCUCCCAAGACUCCGAGUUCAUCGACUGGCGUAAAUUCCUCUUAGCAGCGGCGCAGCCCUGGACUCCACCUUCUAAAAUGGACCUACUCAUGACUUUAGAGCGAUUUCGAACUGUUGAUCAGGGAGGUGUGGGACUGAUCGACGAGGCUCAGUACGCAGAGGUCGAUAUGUGGUUCUCAAAACUCAUUUCUGAUGAGGAACAACCGGAAGUACCUGAGCUUGUCACGGCCUACGACCGACUGGAGAAACUAAAAGAAGCUUUCUUUUAUAUAUUCGCUAAUCAUAACCUACAGCCAGCUCCUCUGCUCGAUUACGCCAAUAUGUUGAUGUAUUUCGCGGCUGAUUCGGACCCAAUGGAAGGAUUUCUGCGUGCUCUGAGUAUCAGUACAGGCCAACCCAUGCCAUCUUCUGACAGUCUGUCAUCAAUACCACUGGCUGAAUCACAAGCCACUGAAAUCCAAGUACCUUUGAUACAGACGCCUGGUACCCCACCUCCUGAAAUGGAGUCUCUUGUUCGCUUGGAUGAUCUUAUAACGGUGUUACACCAUGGGCAGAGUAGACUAGGAGACACGCACCGCCUCAGUGUUACUUCAGAUCCUGCUGACUCCUUCGCUAGGGAACGACUAGCUGGGUUGUUCAUCGAGCUUGGUGCUGAUGAUGAAGAAGAAGCUCUUCCAUUCCACCUACUCUACCAGCAUCCCAUCAUGCAGGAUUGCUUGCAAACCUGCAUGUUAUUCAAAUCCGCGGACCUAAGGAGUGCUUUCAAAGGGAACGGUAGCAGCAGCGAUACUUUUGAGUAACUCUACCUACCACGUGGGUAUUUUGAAGUAAUGUUUGAUACAAAUGUCAGUAUGAGUUCGAUAUUUGUAUUUUCAUUUUGUGCACAAUUUUGAAUGUAAAUAAAAAGGCUUUAAGAAUC